CGUGCCAUACGUUUUUCUUUUCUUUUCUUUCUUUUUUUAAUGAUCAGGUAACGUUCCAAACCAGCUGGGCUCCCAGGAGGCUAGGAAUUAGAGAAGGGAACCGCCUAGAAUAUGGGAUAGUGGCUCUAUAACCUACAUAUUUUCUGGCCGAUAGGGUUGGACGGCGAUUUCGAGUCCCUCCUGGGUAUCGUGGUUGUAGCGUGCCGAAUAACUCGUCCAACCCUGCCUCCUUCCCUGGAGAGAUACCUGACGGCAAGGAAGAUCGAGAAAUCGAGAGCUUCUAAUGAUGCAAUCGGUGGCGUUAAAUCCUUGUCCUUCUUGCUGCCGGUCUCAGCGGCCCCCAGAAGCAGCCUCCUCCUCCUCCUCCUCCUAUAACUCUGCUCCUCCCUGUGGCUUCUUUGCCCUCCGACCUCUCUCCUUCAAGGAUUCGGGCUUCAGGGGAAUCAGGAUUUGUAGACUCGGGACUUCUUCACCACGUUCCGCUCUUCGGAGGGUUUCCAGAUCCAGAACGUGGCACGCGGUCAAAGCUAUUGCUACUCCUGAUCCAGUAGUGGAAUUACCACUAACUGCGGAAAAUGUUGAGUCAGUUUUAGAUGAAGUGCGGCCAUAUCUUAUUGCAGAUGGAGGAAAUGUGGCACUACAUGAGAUUGAUGAAAAUGUUGUAAGAUUGAAAUUACAAGGAGCAUGUGGGUCAUGUCCGAGUUCUGUAAUGACAAUGAAGAUGGGCAUCGAGCAGCGGUUGAUAGAGAAAAUUCCAGAAAUAGUUGCAGUUGAACCCAUCACUGAUGAGGAAACAGGGCUUGAGCUGAAUGCUGAAAACAUCGAGAAGGUACUUGAUGAGAUCAGGCCAUACCUCAGCGGAACUGGUGGUGGUGAGCUUGAGCUCGUAGGCAUUGAGAAGCCAAUUGUGAAAAUUCGACUUUCGGGCCCAGCUGCUGGGGUCAUGACUGUUCGAGUGGCACUGACACAGAAGCUUCGAGAAAAGAUUCCUGCCAUAGCAGCAGUUCAACUGCUAUGAUACCCAAGAAAGGAUCCCUGCAAAUGCGGCAGUUCAGCUCCUAAAUCCGAGCAAAGAUCCUUACUGUUGCGGCAGACAGCUCUUAGAGUACCUGGCAGAGAGAACACUUUGUUACAUAUUAUCUCUUAACCUCGUGUUAAACAUUUGUACAGAUAAUAAUUUUGCCUAGUACAAAAAUUAUGUUUAGCAUAAUGCAUAUAUUAUCUGCUAUUCAUUUGGAAAUAAAAUGGUACCUGAGUUGUUGCAUUCCAUUA